CGUAUAUUUAUUCGUAUUAGCUUGCUUGUUUGUUAAAUUGAAGACACUGACAAUGAUCUAACAAGGUAGUCAAACCGGCUUUCAAAGCAGGACACUGGAGCACGAUUUCCGGUACAAUUAAGCCUCUAGAAGACCCUCUAAAUGGCCGCCAAGCUCACCUCUUUUCCAGGCAGUUAACGGGGACACCACCUCCACCCUCUCAGCGAUGAAAUGUGCUAAAGUGGAGCUAAAAAGAGCUGCGCGGAUAGACACAGCCACAAUCAGCAGGAGAGUCAACGGAGCCGCCAUCUUUCCGUGCCCACCUCUGCGCGUGGCAUGAUGGGAAAUUGAGUUUUCGGACGGGAUCAAGGCAACAUCACAAAUAAUUCUCAACAAAUACUUAGAAUAACGUUACGUCGGUUUGAAUGCUUUCUAAAGAAUUAACACACGUUUAAAAUUUUAAUGACACGUAAACCACUGCUUUUGCUGUUUGAGUGGAGGAUAAAAAGCGCGGGCUAACGUUUCUAGGGGGACACAUUAUUUGCUCGGAUCAAAACACGACCGAAGCCUAAAGUAGAGUUCUUCCGGUACCCUAUUUCGUGGACAAAAUAGAACUGGGACUUUAUUAAUUCGUUUUUAUUAGUUAAUAUUAAUCAGAGGAACUUGGUUUAGAGUAUAAAAAUCUCUAAAAUUAGCAUAAAACCUGAGGAGAACGAAGAAGAAAGAUUAUAAAAUGGCGACUGCUGACUGAGCAUAGUCAUUCUAUGUCAUAGAUAUUGCGUUUUAUAAUAACAUAUUCGUUAAAAUAACUUCUUUUUGAAAAAGUAACAAAGAGUGCUGUUCGUUCUUUUCGGUUUUACGUUAAAAAGACCAGGCGUAAAGUGCGCCCGCUUCUCACUUCAUUUUGGUUUCGCUUUUGGACGCUUUUUUUGUCCAAUGGCCGGUUUGGAGCUGUUGUAUUCGUGCUGCGGGGACUCCAUCUCAUGUCCGCAGGACGCCGUCGUGUCUUUUGUCCACUGGGAGGUCGUCAAAAGUGGAUACAAGUGCCUCGGUUCCGGCGAUGAGGCUGCGAGCAGCGACAAAAAAUCUGAACUUUUGCCGUCGGGCUGGAGCAGCAACAAGGUGGAGUACGCCCUGAGGUACGCCUCGGAGCUGGGCGACACACAGCUGCUGCUCAAAGCACUCUUGGUGGAUUCGGCGUUGGUCUUCAACCUCAUGAAUCGCAGCACGCAGCAAAGCUCGGACGUGAUCGUCAACCUCAACGAGCACGUGGACGCCGCGCAGCUGCGCACCUUCGACAGAGUGUUCAAGGAUGCUGGUGGCCUGGCGGCGGCAGUCCGGUCUCAGCUGCUGCCAUCGCGGGAUAAACUGACGCAAGCAGAGCAAAGCGAGCGCGCGCGCAGGCAGGACGAGUACCACCACCCGGACGACGACCCCAUGCGCAUCCCCGACAGGCACCCCAGACAUGCAGCCCAGCCGCACUGGCCCGACCCUAUGGGUCCGCCGUUCUCGGUGGGAGGCGCCGAUCUGGAUCCCUUGGGAUCGGUGACAGGCGGCGGUAUGAUCGUGGACCCCCUCCGUAUGGGCUACCCCCGCUCAGGUUUCGACCCGUCGAGCGGCAUACCAGACAUCCUGCCUCCUGGUGCCGUGCCGCCCGGCGCUCGUUUCGACCCGUUUGGACCGAUCGGACGACACCGGCCCGGGCCCGACCCGGACCAUCUGCCGCCGCCAGGCUUCGACGACAUGUUCAUGUAGCCGCUUCCUGUCUUCUAGCCAAUCACGGCACAGGAUACUCUUAUGAGGAAAAAAAUCUUACUUACAAAGUAACCUUUUGUUUUGAAGUGUAUUAGUAAACAAAAUGGAUGACGUGUGCUAUAAAUAGACAUUUUCUUUGACAACAACAACCAAGACCACACCUCUUUUUUUGUCUGCUGACUCCGCCCCCUUUUAAAUCACACAGUCAUAGCUACCUAAACUAAGCAAUAGCAAAUAUCAACUUCAACAUUUUGAUAUCAUUUUCAUCUAGAUUUUGUGUUUUAAUUAUUAUUUUCACACACAAAAACAACCCCAAAAUACAAGGGUCACGUUUCAGUGCCAUCGACGCCAAUUGACGUCCAAAUGGGUCGGACGUUGAUCGCCGUCAGUGGCAGCCAAUGAUGUGAGAUGAGAGGUAUUUAAGGCUUAUUAAACACAUAGAUACGUAGGGAGAGUAUACAUUUUUUGCGCUUAUUUUUGCAAAUAUUCUGCAUUUUCUUUGUUUUAUGUGUUCUCAACAUUUUGGUUCAAACUUUUCUUUUACAUUUGUUGGUACAUUUUCUCACCUUUCACUUCCAUAAACAUGCUGUUGACAAUACAAGCCACGCGUUCUUUCCCAUAUUUCAUUUAUUUUUUUUUUUUGUGCCAAAAUAUUUGUGCAGAUUACGAUUAUAUAAUAUUUUUUGGGGGAGGGUGGGGACAUUGGCCUCCAAAAUGCAGGUUGACUUUUAUCCAAAUCCUGCAUGUUUAUCUUUUUUUGCAACCAAUACUACUUUUUUGUCUGACUUUCCAUCCAAAUUCUGAUAUUAAUCAUUCACGUUAUUGUAUAAGUCUUUUGUCCAAAUUCCAUAUUUCUUAAAUUUUGGUCCAAAUUGCCACUUUUCAUUUUUUUGCAUCCCAAACAUUCACAUUUUCUUGACAUUGCUACCCCAGGUGGGCGCUCCAAUAUUAUUGCCAUACUUAAGUUUCACAUUUUCAAAAUAAAAUUCCUUUUUUGUCCCAAAA